GUUGUCCUAUUGCAACUGCUAAUGUGCCGUUUACCGCGUUUUGGUCUGCUCAGUCGCAAUCGUUGUCGUCGUCGUCGUGGUCGUGGUCGUGGUGUCGUCCUCACACAUUUCGCUCCCAGCCGCCAACCGCCAGCCUUUAGCCUGGCCCAUGCCGGGCGAGGUUGUGCGACAUUAGGCUGGGCCAAGCGGUCAUUAGUCGCAAAUUAUUAACAUUAUUAUGUAUUGCAUCUUCCAACGCAACGGCAGGAGGCGGUGUAUUUUUGGCGUUCAGGUGUUAGCGCGUUGGCGGCAGCAACCACUAUGUACUACCACCACUAACUGCUGCACUAUAAAGCAGCUAUAUAAUAAUUUUGAAAAAAAAACAGCUACUACAACAACAACUUCAAUCGCUCUUCUGCUGCUGCUUGGUGUGUCUUCCACACCAACAACAUCAAUUUGCAUAGCAUUUAGCGAUUUAGCGUUUAGUUGGUUCCAAAGAAAGCGCCGCAAAUAACACCUAACCACAAACGCCCCACGAUCGGAGCGCCACAUUGCCAAACGUACGCGCAUUCAACGCAAACACGCUCCGCGCCACAAUACUACUUGUACAAGUUUGCAAUCACAAUUUAUUGCAUUGUCCUUAGCGAGUUGUCACUGUCGUAGCCGCUGUUGUGUGUCUUGUCGUGCCGUGUCGUGUUCCCACGUCUUGUGUCGUCUCGUGUGGUCCUUAUUUGUGAAUUUAUCUUCAAUUUCACACGCUUGUUUUUUAUUUAAUUGAGAAGGCAGCAACAUGAGUGACGAACUCUCCAAAGACCAGAUCGAGCUCUUGCGAAAUGCGUUCAACGCAUUCGAUGCCGAAAAGAAUGGCUACAUCAACACCACCAUGGUGGGCACCAUUCUAAGCAUGUUGGGCCAUCAAUUGGACGAUGCUAUGUUGGCUGAAAUUAUCGCCGAAGUCGAUGAGGAUGGUUCGGGACAAAUUGAGUUCGAAGAAUUCACCACAUUGGCGGCGCGUUUCCUCGUUGAGGAGGACGCCGAAGCGAUGCAAGCCGAACUAAAAGAGGCAUUCCGUUUGUACGAUAAGGAGGGUAACGGUUACAUCACCACCGGUGUGCUGCGCGAAAUUCUCCGUGAAUUGGAUGAUAAAUUGACCAAUGACGAUUUGGACAUGAUGAUUGAGGAAAUCGAUUCUGAUGGCUCAGGAACGGUUGAUUUCGAUGAAUUCAUGGAGGUCAUGACCGGCGAGUAAGCGGUAAAUACUACGCAGACGCUGUACCAUUUAGGUAUAUGGUCGCAAAUCUUUACCUACAGAAUAUGUAGUAUUUUACAAAAACAAAAAUGCCAACUACUUGUACAAUGGAACAACACAUUGACACACAAACACACUCUCGUCAACAUAAUUAUUUUGUUAUAAUUUUUGUUAAAAUAUUCAAAAUAUAUAUAUAUAUUUAAAUCAACAAAAGAAAAGCAAUCAUUUAAAAUCAAGUCCAUUUAAGUUAUUGUUUAAUAAAACAAGUACAUAUAUAUACAAUACAACUAAACUGUUUCGUCCUUAUAUUAUAGAAAAAUUGUUAAUUAUAUUAAAGUUUUCGUCCAAACAAUCAAACCAACUUUGUAUGUACACAUUGCAUACUAAGUCGAGGGCUUGUGAUUCAACACCCAAUUUUCACAUAAGUCAUGUACAUGAAUAAAAGUAACAUGCAUGCAUUAUAAAUACAAACAUUUUUAUUGUUUUUGUUUUACAAUUUAAUCGUUUUCGUUAAUGAAAAUAAAAUUAUUAAAAAUAGUUAAUCAACUGCGUAGUCGCAUUGUCUGCGCACAAUUGCUUACUGUGUUGUGCGCCAUGCGAUGUAUAACUCUGACGCGGGUUAACAAGUUUAUAAACAGUUAUUGUUAAAUAAAUAAAUUUAUAAAAUUAUAUAUAUUAAUCAAAUUAAAGUUAAAUUAAAUAUAAAUUUAAUUUUUACGCAAUGCUCGUCGUAAUUGAACCAAACAAGAAAGAAAGUCUAUUAAGCUUAAACUAAGUUUUACAACAACGCGUAUAUAUAUUUACGUAUAUGCAUUUUAAUACAUACUUCUACAUUUAUGUAAACAAAAAAAUUGUUCAUUCAAAAAAGUUGCAAAAUUAUUGUUAAAUAAUUUGUUUUUCUGUUUAAUUGUUAUUGUUGUUAUAUAAAAGAAAAUAUUAGCCAUUGUUCAAUUGUUCGUGAAAUUUUAUUAUUAUUAUUAUUAUUAUUAUUAUUAUUAUUACAUUUACUAUUAUAUUAUGCAAUAUGUAUGUAUAUGCCAAUACACUUAGAGGAAAUAUAUACAUAUGAAUGAAGUAAAUACUCAUGUAAAAACACAUUUACUACAAAACAUACACUUAAAUCGCAAGGAUAUGCCGUUAUUGAUACAAAAGUUUCCUAUAAAACACUUUUUUUUUUAUUAAUUUAAGCUUUAAACUACACGUCAUUUAAUGAAAACAUACUUGACUUCAAAAAUUUCAAAUAAAACCACAAUAAAAGCAAAUUUACAAAAAUUAAAUCGAAAAAAAAGUAAAACAAUUUCAAUUACCUCGAAUUACAACAACAAGGCAACAAACAACAAUUGUUUUAUAAACAAAUAAAAGCUGUAAACAAAAUAAGCGCAGCUUAUAAAUGAAACAACAAAACCAAUGAACCAUGAAUGUCAACAACAACAACAACGAAUUUUAGAAACAUAAAAACAAAGUUAAAAAACUAAAUUCAAAUUUACACAAGUGAAAAGAUAAAAAAACAUUUCACAAAAAAAUAAUGAAAAUUGUACAAUAUGUAUUCACUGGCUGUUUUGGGAAUUCAGUUUAUUUCGAACUCAAAAGAAUGGUUACAAAAAUUAAGUAAAUAAAUGCGAUUUUAAAUAAAAUCUGGUAAAACUAAAA